UUACGUGUAGACCAUUGUAAUUGGCUGCGGCAUAACAGAGAGAAGUUCAUAAAUGUGGACUUCGCUCUCCGCCGCGACAAAACAUUGCAGAGCACAAGUGGAAAAUACUGAAAUACAAGAGAAUUUAUUUCCACACUGCGAACCAUAUACAUAAAUAGAAACUAAAAUGCUUUAUGAAGGUUUUACGCAUUUGCUUGUACAGAAAGAGAAUAAGAUUCUGGUAAUCAAAUUCAAUAAUCCCCGAAAGAAAAACUGCAUCAAUUUCAAUGGAUACAAAGAGCUCAGCCGUGCUCUGGGCGCUGUCAACCUGGACGAAACUGUCUCAAUCGUCGUGAUUACUGGAGCAGGGGACUUCUUUACGGCUGGUAAUGACUUGUCGCAGAAAACCGAUGUAAAUGACAUGGACGCUUACCUUAAAGAAACCAACGAUACAUUCAAAGCUAUGGUCAGCAGCUUUCUCAAUUGCAACAAGUUGAUUUUCUCACUGGUGAAUGGACCGGCUAUUGGUAUCGGUUCCACCAUUGUGGGACUCAGCGACGUGGCUUGGUGCGCCGAAGAGGCCUACUUCCAAACACCAUUUAGCAAACUAGGUCUUGUGCCUGAGGCCUGCUCCAGCCUUACCUUUCCAUUGAUCAUGGGUCGAUCGAAGGCCACAGAGAUGCUAGUCUUUAACGAAGAAAUGAGUGCCCAGGAAGCAUACAAAUUUAAUUUCGUAUCGCGUAUCUUCAAGUUAAAUGAAUUGGAUUCUGUGGUGUGGCCAAAGAUUCGCGAAUAUGCCGAGUUGCCUCCUAACUCGAUGCGGGAAUGCAAGCGCUUGAUCCAGUUGCCACUACGUGAACUUCUUAUUCGUGCCAAUGAUGCAGAGUGCGAUGCACUUCUAAAACGGUUCUACGACACUGAGUGCAUACAGGCUAUCAUUGAUUUUGCCCAGCGCAAGUCAAAGCUUUAAUUUAAGAGUUAAAUUGUUAUUGGGUAUUUUCCCAACAAAAAGUAAUAAAAACAUGUUGCAUUGAUUUAGAAGGUAACGCAAUUGCGGCAAAAUUUGUCG